UCUCGUCAUUCGGUGAAAUAUGAUUGUUUUGUCUGGGGCUGAGGAUCUCGUUUCAACCUGUGGAUAGUCUCUGGGCGCUUCUCGGUCCACCGGUCAGCGCGUUUUUGCAUGUGGGACAGCUCGCAGUCGCCUCCUCUACGUGCGUCUCGCUGCUUUCGGCUUCCCCCUUUUCCUUCUGAAUUUUCCUGAGCCAAGCGAGCAGGUGUUCAGUUUAUGAAUGGCCCUGACAUGGAGGAAAUACCGUUUCAGAAAGUCAAAACGAGGCGGAAGAGAAGUCACUGUCCGCCGGGUGUACCCCUAACCACCAUCGUGUGCGAGGAUGAGUUCGACUGCAAGGAACUCGAAUCGUUGUUCCAAAACUACAACCUGAAACUGGAACAAACGUCUACUUUAAAAGCCCUCGCCGUGCUUAUCUUCACGUCAUUCACUCUGGCCGUGGUGGAGUUGCUAUCCGGACCCGCUCUCACCAUCUCCAAGGGGUCCCAUCCGGUGCACUGCAUAAUCUUCGCCUCCCUCUUCAUCGUAACUAACGUCAAGUACCUGCAAGUCACUCAGCUCCAGCAGAUUGUCAACUUGACGCUGCUUUUCGGCUUCACCUUCUCGUUCCUGUGCUGUCCCUUCUCGCUGGGGGCCAUGGGAAUCGAACCCCCCACCUCCCCGGAGCAGGGCGUGUGGCAGCUCAUUCUGGUCACGUUCGUCGCCUAUGCCCUGCUCCCCGUGCGGACGCUGCUGGCAGUUCUGUUCGGGAUUAUGGUCUCCGUGUCGCACCUGAUAGUCACCGCCACCUCGGUCACGGUCAAAACGCAGAAAAUGUGGAGGACACUGGUGGCAAACACGGUGCUCUUCACCAGUGUAAACCUGUCCGGGCUGUUUGUGCGCGUCCUGACUGAGCGCGCCCAGAGAAAGGCCUUCCUGCAGGCCCGCAACUGUAUCGAGGAGAGACUGCGUAUGGAGGACGAGAACGAGAAGCAGGAGCGCCUGCUAAUGAGCCUGUUGCCCAGAAACGUCGCUAUGGAGAUGAAAGAGGAUUUCCUGAAGCCCCCAGAAAGGAUCUUUCACAAAAUCUACAUCCAGCGCCACGACAACGUCAGCAUCCUGUUCGCAGACAUCGUGGGUUUUACCAGCCUCGCCUCCCAGUGCACGGCUCAGGAGCUGGUGAAACUUCUCAAUGAGCUGUUUGGGAAAUUUGAUGAGCUCGCUACGGAGAACCACUGCAGGAGGAUCAAAAUCUUGGGCGACUGUUACUACUGCGUAUCUGGAUUGACCCAACCCAAAACGGACCACGCUCACUGCUGUGUGGAGAUGGGGCUGGACAUGAUAGACACCAUAACGUCAGUUGCUGAGGCAACAGAGGUGAACCUGAACAUGCGGGUGGGGCUGCACACGGGCCGGGUGCUGUGCGGGGUGCUGGGAUUGAGGAAGUGGCAGUACGAUGUGUGGUCCAAUGACGUGACACUGGCCAAUGUGAUGGAGGCAGGAGGUCUCCCCGGAAAAGUCCACAUCACCAGAACCACGCUGGAGUGCCUAAACGGAGAUUACGAAGUGGAACCUGGAAACGGACAUGAAAGGAACGCCUUCCUCCAAAAACAUGAGAUCGAGACAUUCUUUAUAGUGCCAUCUCACCGAAGGAAGAUAUUCCCUGGAUUGAUUCUUUCGGACAUAAAGCCCGCCAAAAAGAUGAAGUUCAAAACUGUCUGCUACUUACUAGUGCAGCUUAUGCACUGCAGGAAGAUGUUCAAGGCUGAGAUUCCCUUCUCCAAUGUCAUGAACUGCGAGGACGGGGAUAAGAGGAGGGCCAUGCGCACAGCUCCACAGAAACUACGGAACCGCUCCAACACGAACCAGGCCACGGUGACCCAGAGCAGCCCCCGCACCCGGGUCAACCGUUACAUUGGGCGCCUAAUCGAAGCCCGCCAGACUGAGUCCGAUACCGCCGACCUCAACGUGCUCACGCUCAUGUACAAGUGCUCCGAUAGAGAGCACAGGUACCAUCAAGUUCCUGAUGAAUACUUCACCAGCGCUGUGGUCGUCUCGCUGGUGCUGGCUGCCUUGUAUGGCCUUGUCUAUCUGCUGAUCAUUCCACAGGGCACCAUAGUAUUAGUUCUGCUGGUCUUCUGCAUCUGUUUCCUAGUGGCUUGCAUCAUGUACCUGCACAUAACCAAAGUCCAGUGUUUCCCAGGGUGCCUGACCAUUCAGAUUCGCACUGCCCUCUGUCUAUUCAUAGUGCUCUUAAUCUACUCUGUGGCACAGGCGUGUGUGGUGGGCUGUAUGCCGUGGUUGGUGGGCAGUGCCUACUCCAACAGCUCCAUCGUGAUUAUCGACGUGAGCAGUGGCUCUAACCGUACCAUGACCGAGCUGCCCUGUGACGGGGCUCGCUACGCCUUUCUCUCUUGUGUGGUGGGCACGCUCACCCUGGCGCUGUUCCUCAGGGUGUCAUGGCUACCCAAGAUGGCGCUCAUGCUCCUCCUGGGCAUCCUGUACAUCACCGUGCUGGAGCUGAGCGGGUUUCGCAAGACGGAAGGUGGGGGGUCUUUCCACAUCCGAGGCCUAGAGCCGCUCAUGUCUCUGCUCCUCUUCGUCAGCGCCCUGGCCCUCCACUCCAGGCAGCUUGACCUCAAACUCCGCCUCGACUUCCUGUGGGCAGUGCAGGCAGAGGAGGAGAGAGACGGAAUGGAGAAAGUCAAACUGGACAACCGCCGAAUCCUUUUCAACCUUCUGCCCGCUCACGUGGCUCAGCACUUCCUCAUGUCCAAUCCCAGGAAUAUGGACCUGUACUACCAGUCCUACGCACAAGUGGGCGUCCUCUUCGCCUCCAUCCCCAACUUCAAUGACUUCUACAUUGAGUUGGAUGGGAACAACAUGGGAGUGGAAUGCCUUCGACUGCUCAAUGAGAUCAUCGCAGACUUUGAUGAGCUCAUGGACAAAGAGUGCUACAAAGAUAUAGAAAAGAUCAAAACUAUUGGCAGUACAUACAUGGCGGCAGUGGGGCUGGUGCCAACUAUUGGAACAAAGGCUAAAAAGUCCGGGUACGACCAUCUGAGCACAAUCGCAGACUAUGCCAUCGAGAUGUUUGACGUUCUGGAUGAAAUCAACUACCAGUCAUACAAUGAAUUUGUUUUACGAGUUGGUAUCAACGUGGGCCCGGUGGUUGCGGGUGUGAUCGGUGCACGGCGUCCUCAGUACGACAUCUGGGGGAAUACAGUGAAUGUGGCCAGUCGCAUGGACAGCACUGGAGUACCUGGGAAAAUACAGGUGACCGAGGACGUGAACCGCCUGCUCCACACCAACUACGACCUGGUGUGCCGUGGUAAGGUCAGCGUCAAGGGCAAAGGCGAGAUGCUGACCUACUUCCUGGAGGGCAAGGUCCAGGGCAUCGGCACGGCGACCACCUCCUCCGUCAUGCGCUCGGCUAGCCUGGCCCGCCGCAUACACUCCUGCGGCAAGACCAGCGUCCCCGCCAACCUGGGCAGCGUGUCCUCGGUGACCAGUCUUAGCGUGGUCAGCAACGCCCAGCUCAACCAGGCCAACAGCAGCAGCAAUAGCCAAUGUUUGGCCUCUCCGUGCGUGCCCGCGGUCAGGGAAGUCGUGGAGGAAGAAGACGCGGAAGUUACGGAAAUCGAGAUUGACGUGGUGCCCAGUGAAGCUGACCCGGUGGUUUAAAGAAGGUUAAAGACGUUAGUUGUGAAAACGAAUGGAAAAUAAUGGAAUCGCCAGGUUUGAACAGGCUAUCCAGGUGAUACUAACCAGUUUUACAAUUCAGGAUUACAAAGACAAUCAAACUUGGAUUAGCCCGAGAUAGAAGGGUUUUGACAUAUCCAGGAAUCUUGAUUUGUACAGCGCAUACUCUAAAGAUAUGUGCAUUGAUGUUGACUCAGAUCACGCUAUCUCGCUUUGCACUGUCUUUCUCUGAUUAUGCCAAGGAUAACAUUAUCUACUACAGUAUCAAAACUGGUGUUCUGUUGUGCAUGCAUGUGGGUGCGUGUGUGUGCAUGUGUGUGACCAAUACGACCAACAGCACAAUAUAAUAAUACUACUAAUAAUAAUAAUAAUAAUAGUAAUCACUUUUUAUAUUGAGAGUUUUUGCAGUACUCUGAUAUAGUGCAUGACUUUAUACCAGUGGACAGCCAUAGUUGUAAAGUAAACCAAAGUAAUAACCACAUGCAUUUUCUUGGAUUUUUCAUUGCCUCACGACACUUUGUUCAAAUCGUGUCUUUUUAACUACUAGUUUUUAUUUAUUUUUCUAGGGCCACAUGGACAUCACAAGGUGGGACUUAAUUAAGGCAAGACACUAAAUGAGGAUUGUUAUUCUUUAUCCUUUUUUUUUGUAGUAAUACCUUCAGGUACUUGCAGAUACUACUACUAAUAUGUGCAACAAUUUUUCUAUCUCCAAAAUAAUGAAUGACAGUUGUUUUACUCUAUGUAACUUUUCUGAUGGAGCGUCCACCAACUUUUUGACUCUAUGGAAAUGUUAUUGCUUUGACUGUCCUUUAAAAAACAUGCAUUCUAACUCGCUUCUCCACAGAUCUGACCUGUAAUUUGGUCUGGAGGCACGACCUGCUUGUGGGACAUUCCAGGUAUAGCAUUAACAUCUGCACAGACAAGCUGUAAAUGCUGUACCUUUACACUGAUUUUCUAAUUUACUGACCAAAUUUGAAGGUGCACUGUGUAACUUUUCUGGUUGAGGGUCCACCAUCUGCUUGUCUCCACAGUGAUGCUAUUGCUUUGCUUGGGAUGUUCCACAGUAUGUAUGUACUAGUAAAAAAUGUAUCAUGUAUUUAUUCAAUUAUGGGUGUUUUUAUUUCUCAAAACUACCAUAAAAACAUGCAUUAUUAUCAGGAGCGGGCCCACUUCUCCACAGAUGUGACCUGUAACUUGGCCUGAUGAUUCCUGGAAAAAAACUACAUGAAGUCAAGCUGGUGGUGAACCCUCUCCCAGAAAAGUUACACAGUGCAUCUUUAAAUUACAUUAUUUAAUGUAUUAUUAAUACAUUAUUCAUGUUGAGGGCAAUAAUUAUUAUCUGAUACUAUUUCUAAGUGUCUUGCCUUAACAAAAUUUCCAACAUAUUCAAAAUUUAAAGUGAAAUCCUCCCUUUAAGGUUGUCAUUUGUAUGGAAUGUGUUUUAUAUAUAAUGAAAUCAAUGCCAAAACUGGACCAAUGAGUACACAAGACCUGCCCAUACUCAAAUAACAUGUACACUUUCAGCUAGUUUUCUUGUUUUUUGUCACAUAUAUUCGCUUGAGCAUGCCGUUGCUUCUAGGCCUCUUUUUGUCACCGUAUAUAGCUUUUUAACCGAUCUGCAAAUUGUAAAUACGAUACAAGUUAUAUGCCUUACUUAAUAAGCUUACAGUGGUUGCGACCUGCCUUUUUAGAUAUCUUCACUUUGAUAUGUAGAUCCUACU